AUGGCUACCCACGCAUCAAUAACAGUAGACAUUCCGUAUGUCAAAAGAAACGAUGACGGAAACAUCCCGAAUCAUGCGCAGAUGUUUUCCCACGAUGCCGAGUUUCUCGACGUUCAGCCAGCAGAGGUUCACAAUGCCCGGACGACCAAUCGAGAGUUUUCGAUAUCAAGCAACGGGUUUCAAUACGCGCGACUGGAUGAACAGCCUCAAAUAGACUACCUGGACGAGGACCAAGUCAAGAAAACAUACUUCCCAGAGCUUGAGAAGUUGCUGAAGAAAGAGCUUGGCGCUUCUGAAGUAAAGGCUUUCCAUCAUGUGGUCCGCAACGUAACCUACGAGGACGGGAUGGCCUAUAACCGAAAGCACCGCUGUCCAGCUCGGAGACCUCACGUCGACGUCACCGACAAGUUCGCGCCGAUCCUCAUGAGCUGGGACUGCCCGGACAUGCAUGCGGAUGUGCAUGCCAACGGGAAGCACUGGCAAAUGGUCAACGCGUGGCGGCCACUGAAGACGGUGCGCAAGAACCCCGUGACCGUCGCUGAUACAGCUUCGAUGGCGUGGGAGGACUACUUGACUGUCCCACAGCCAGAGGUCGGACCUGGCGUUGAGGGAUUCUGGCUGCAAAGACCGCAGGAUGCAGACCGGAGGCAUGAUUGGUGGUACAUGGCGGACCAAACGCCCGAAGAGGUGUUGCUCUUCCUGCAGCAUGAUUCCGAGGGUGCUCAAGUGGUGGCUCAUACAUCAUUUACGCAGCCAGGACCGGUUCCAAAAGAGCCGAGAGAGAGUAUUGAAGUUAGGUUCGACCGAAUAGACGUACACGCUGAAAUUGACUUCGCGCGGGAAGAAAGUGAGCGCCGAGCCCGCAGCGCCGUCAUCCAGGCGCGGAACAAAGCAGAUCUAGAAUCCCGCAUCAGCCAGUUGCAAACCCUCUGUAACAGCAACUCACGCUUCUUCCGUGUGCCCAAAGAGGUCAGGGACAUGAUUUACGACUUCGUUCUGCUGGACAUGCCUCGACAGGAGUUCAUCGACCUGGAACUUGCCAACACACGAUACUCGCGUUGGAAAAGUUCUCGACUUCGACGCCUGCUUGAAGUGUGCCGUCUUUUCAAGGACGAGCUCCUGAGCCGUUUUCUAGGUCUCAACAUCGUCAGAAUGUCGCUGUAUGCUUCGGACUUCUCCGACAAGUUUGGCAUCCGCAGAGGGGCCAAGAUCGUGGCAUCAGCACAUGUGUUCAUGACGUUUCUGGAACGAGUCAGACGUUUCGCUUUGCAUCACGAGGGAAGCGACAGGCCGUUUUGGAAGGACACGACUGCUAAAACAGGCCUGUUGUUGGCGAACUCGAUGCCUCAACUCCAGGAGUUGACAAUCUACCCGACGGAGGAGACGACACAUAUCGAUGGCGACUUCUUGUUCUUUGUACUGCAGGUUUUGACGAGCCCCAGCCUCAACAAACUCAUCUUUUUUGACACUUUUGACGUUGUCAAAGAGGGUGACUUUGAGUGGGCGAGGAACAAGGAGUCGACAUGUCGGAUCGAGGUGGCCUGCCUGCGGCCCGACAAACGUGAGCCACGAACUGGACGAUGUGGGCCCUAUAUAGCAUUUGCUGGUCCGCCCCGUUAUGAGGGCUGGCGUACGCGAGAAGAGCCGGGCAUCAAUGACAUUUGGCCGUGGCGGGAGAGAUGCCUCAGCAUGAUGGGGAUUCAAUUCAACACCCAGCCAAGUCUAACGGAGAACAACCGCGUCAAGUUUGCUAUCGACUGA